AUGCUUGGCCCUCCUAUAAACUUGCCCAAAUGGCUGGAAGAAAACGGCCACUUGCUACAGCCUCCCGUCAACAACUACUGCGUCUACAAUGAGGGCUUCACAAUCAUGAUUGUCGGCGGCCCCAAUGCCCGCACAGACUACCACAUCAACACCACGCCCGAGUACUUUUACCAGCACAAGGGCACCAUGAUGCUCAAGGUCGUCGACGACGACGGCGUCUUUCGCGACAUUUUCAUCCGCGAGGGCGACAUGUUCCUGCUUCCCCCCAACACGCCGCACAACCCCGUCCGCUUCGCCAACACGGUCGGCAUGGUCGUCGAGCAGCGCCGCCCCGCCGACGCCCUCGACCGCAUGCGCUGGUACUGCGCCCGCUGCCCCGGCGCCGUCGUCGUCCACGAGGCCGCCUUUCACCUCACCGACCUCGGCACCCAGAUCAAGGCCGCCGUCGAGGCGUUUCGCGCCGACGACGACAAGAGGCGCUGCGAGCGCUGCGGCGCCCUGGCCGACUGGGCGCCGCCCCCGGGGUCCAUUCCCGAUCCUAACCUGGCGUAG